UUUAAAGCUUGUCAUUACCUUGAUUUUGGUACCCAGUACAUUCCCAAAUCGUUCAAGGCGAGUAAGCCACAAGUUAUUUAUCCAGAAAGUCAUUCAGUUACAAAUUGUUAUAGCUAUCCAACAUGUUUCGGACACUGUCUAUUGAGCCGACUAAAAUAGAGGACCGUUCCAAGGAGGAGGUCCGAGCCAAUCUGGUAGUAUUCGCCGUCACUUGUGCUCUAAUUCGAUUUAUCCCGAUUGCCGUAAGGAAAAUAGCCUAUUAGAUGCGAUUGUGGACCUUUUGUUUAAGCAUGGAGAGCGACUAAGACAAUACUGAUCAUUCAUUUUGUUAUGCGAAGUGUAUAUAAAUAACACCAAUUAAAGAAUGAAUCCAUCUAAA